AUGAAGAGCUUCGUGGGCGACGCUGUGUCCCCUAUAUUGCUGAAAGACCUGCUCGCACUGGCACCCGAGGUGGUUGUUCCUGGGGAUGGUUAUGGCGGUCGAGCUCGUCCCUUCAAGCCGGAUGAGGUUUGGGCUGGAGUUCAGCUCCUGGAUGCUGCUGACUGGGCUGUACGCCAGGCACAAGAAGGUCGCCGAGAGGCAUUGGCCUUUGCGCGCAGCUUCGUGGAGGUGCAUCGUUUGCAAAUGCAGGCAACUGCGGUCUGCGUGACGGUAGUUGCCGUGGACUCGAAAGCGCACCGAGACUCACUGCCAGGUACUGCAGGGUUGCAUGCGCACAUUAAACAAGUCCAUUCUGAGCGUGGAAGAAGCGUAUGGCCCCGAAGCAGGGAAGCCUAG